AUGGCAUCUCUCACUGUACAUAGGGUGGGAGUGGGCCUCCUCGAGCGUCUGGACGUUCCCUUGAAACUAGCUGCACCCUUGAUGAGCAAAAAUACCGAUCAAAUUAGCUCUGAAAGUCCUCUUGAGCCCAUGACUAGCGCAACGCCUAGCACAACGUCAGAACCGGAGCAGCCUGAGCUCCUGGAGUUGGUUUGCUCUCCGCCCGCCGUGUCCAGCGUGGAGAGCCACUCCGCGACCUUCUCGUGGACGUCGCUUGGGAAGGUCCCAGUAGGAUUUGUGGCAGCCUACACCAUAGAGCUACAGCAACUGGACAGCCCUGACAGCAUUAGCAGCACGAACUGGCUUUCCGUCUACAGGGGCGAGGGGCUUUCCUGCAAG